UCCAACCAAUAUUCAGUCGUAAACGACAAUCGGAUGACAAAUAUCUACAAUAAUCAGUUAGUCCCGUACGUGGGACGGAGGACACUCCCAUCGGUUUUAUGCACGAUGAACAUUAGAUCGUUGCAGAGGUUAUCUGAUGAAAUUAAAUAUCCAUUUUACAAUAAUUCAACGACAAUCCCAUCAAACGGAAAGAAUCAUGAAUUAAUAAUAUCCGAUGUGUUAUUGAAAUUCAUUGUAACACAUCGUACAAUAAAUGAAUUGACUCAAUGGAGGCUCCUUUUAGUAAAACUAACUGGAAAAAUAAACGAAUCCAACCAAUAUUCAGUCGUAAACGACAAUCGGACGAUAAAUAUCUACAAUAAUCAGUUAGUCCCGUACGUUGGACGAAGGACACUCCCAUCGUUUUUAUGCACGAUGAACAUUAUAUCGUUGCAGAGGUUAUCUAAUGAAAUCAAAUAUUCAUAUUACAAUAAUUCAACGACAACCUCAUCAAAUCGGAAUACAAAUAAAAUGAACAUUGGAUCGAAUAAAGACUCGGAAGAGAACUCAGUGUUCGAUGAAUCAUUGGUAAUCUCUGAAAAUUCGUGUAGUUCAUCAACAACGAUUUCAAUAUUAGAUACCCUAAAAGACAUUUUUGAGGAAAGGAUGAACUCAGGUCAAUCGAUUGUAAUUAGGACUACGAUCAACUCUUACAAAACUAAUUCAUUUGAAAUGACUGAGACGUCUACCAUAUUGAAAAAUGAAUUUUUUGUAAUUAAGUCAUUGAUAAACAAUGUUACUUCAAUAAAUUUCGAGGCAUCAACAGACGAAUUGAUGUCCAACAUUACGACUGUUGAUCAUUUAGAAUAUACAAUUAACUUACUCUUUGAAAUGGUGUUUUCCAAACCUGAAUCAAUUGCAGUUUAUUUAUUUAUUUGUUCUAAAAUGCAAAAUAUUAAGAUAAGAUACGAUAGAAGGUCCAAGACUGCCUCUUUCAAAAGACAAUUGUUGAAUAAAUGCAUCGAUCUAUUACACUCAGAAAUGAUGGAAAGGAAAAUUAAUUCUAAAGGAUUUUACACAUUUAUUGGCAUGUUAUAUAUGAAGAAUAUGUUACCACCCCGAAUUAUAGUUGACUAUUUAAACUGGUCGCUUGGUAAGAAAUCAGACGAAUACGUAGUAAAUAUGUGCUAUUUCUUAAUAGUUGUUGGAAAGAAAUUAGAACAAUCGAAUAGUCUCAAAAAAAUAAUGAAGAAGCUCAAAAUGCAGUCUAUUUCGUCACAGUGGAACAGUGCUAUCAAUGAAGUCACCGAUUUGCGGGCUAACAAAUGGAUUCCGCUAGAACGUCCGGAAUUUAAGGAGCAGAAAUAGGGUAUUCAUUUGUUUCCUUUCUCCCCUCUCUUUCUUCAAAAUUUAUCGAAAGUCACCUUAAACACACUGCAAUAUACGAUGUUUGUCAUUGUGUUGAACUCGUGAAGUUUACGUGAAGUUGACGCUACAAAAUUUACAUUUCAACAAACUCUACUUGGACUUAUUUCACAUCCUUGAACAUUUGUUGUAAUUUGUUUUUAAAAUUAUUUCACGUCGUUAUGCAUUCAAUUUUAUAGUGCCUAAUUGCCAGAGCAUGGCGUUAUACUAAUGCAAUUUAUUUAGGUAAUAAUUUAGGUAACAUUUUAUUCGAAUAAACUAUUGUUCGAAUGAUUUAUCACAAUUAUUCAAUCAACAAUAUAUUCGAAUAAUUUUCAAAUAUAGCUAUACGAAUAAUUUACGUACCUAUCAUCGAUAGAUAUAAUUAUAUAUAUUAUCGA